AUGGCCAGCAACGGUACCAACGGUGCACACGCGCCCACUCCAGCCUUUGACAGUUCGUCGACCAUUCCUCUGUGGCUGGACGGGAAAGAAGUCACCCUCUCCUCGACCUUCGAUGUGGUCUCGCCGCUCGAUCAGAAGACCCUGUACAAAUGCUCCUCGGCCGACGAAGAGGACGUGCAUAAGGCUAUCGCGUCGGCCGAGAAGGCGUUCACGACGUGGUCCCAGACAAAGCCCAACGUUCGGCGCGACAUCUUCCUCCGGGCGGCUGACGAGUUCAAGAAGCGACGAGACGAGCUGAAGCAUUACAGCUACAGCGAGACGGGUGCCGCCGAGUCCAUGUUUGCAUUUGAACACAAUCUGGCUUACGAGGCGUGCAAGAGCGUCGCCGGCCUCAUCCAGGUCGCCUCGACCUCCACUAUGCCCGUCGUCGGCGAAGAGGGCAGCAGUGCCAUGGUGGUCAAAGAACCGUAUGGCGUGAUUCUGGGGAUUGCGCCGUGGAACGCACCCAACGUCCUGGGCCUUCGUGCGUGCUUGCAACCUCUGGCCAUGGGCAACACCGUUAUCCUCAAGGGCCCCGAAGCGGCUCCAGCGACGUACUGGGCCAUAGCUUCCAUCCUGCACGCGGCAGGCCUGCCCGCGGGCUGUCUGAACACCAUCUACCACCGACCCGCGGACGCGGCGAAAGUGACGUCGGCGCUGAUCUCGCACCGGGCCAUCAAGAAGAUCAACUUCACGGGCUCGACGGCUGUGGGGGCCAUCAUCGCCUCGCAGGCCGGCAAGUACCUCAAGCCGACCGUGAUGGAGCUGGGCGGCAAGGCGCCCUCGAUCGUGUGCGAGGACGCCAACAUUGCCACGGCGGCGCUGCAGUGCGCGCUGGGCGCGUUCCUGCACGCGGGCCAGAUCUGCAUGGCCACGGAGCGCAUCAUCGUGCACGAGAAGGUGGCUGACAAAUUCCGCGAGGCGCUCAGACAGACCAUGGACCAAGUGUUCGCGGCGGACGUGCCGCAGCUGGUGACGGCGGCGCCGGUGGCGAAGAACAAGAAACUGCUGGCCGACGCGCUCUCCAAGGGCGCGACGACGGUGUACGGUGACGCGGCGCACGACGAGCCGUCCGCGACGCGCAUGCGGCCGGUGGUGAUCGAGAACGUGAAUGCCACGAUGGACAUCUACCACACCGAGUCGUUCGGGCCGACGGUGUCGCUGUACGUGGUGGCGGACGACGAGGCGGCGCUGCGCCUGGCCAACGACACCGACUACGGGCUGGCCAGCGCCGUGUUCACCGAGGACCUGCGGCGGGGCCUGCGUCUGGCCCGCGCCAUCGAGUCCGGCGCCGUGCACAUCAACAGCAUGAGCAUCCACGACGAACCGGCCCUGCCCCACGGCGGCGUCAAGCGGAGCGGCUUCGGCCGCUUCAACGGCGUCCCGGGGCUCGAGGAGUGGGUGAGGACCAAGGUCAUUACCUGGAAGGAUUGA